AUGUAAAAGAGAUAGUCUCAUAACAAAGUUCCAUCAGAAGACAUUCAUUCUAAUAACUAUUACAUUAUGCCAAAAUCUCUUCGGUAUUUAAAUAAUUUCGAAUAAAUUUAAGAUCAUCAUAGACGUCAGCUGAUAAUUUAUUGGUCCAAAAAGUUGUUUCAACUAAUAAUAUUGAUUAAUUUGAGUAGAUAUGUAAUACUGAAAAACUUUAGAAUCAACAUUAAUAGGAUAAUGCUUAUUAAUCCAAUAUGGAAUUAUAAUAGGCAAUACAUUAUUCUGAAUAAAAUAAUUAAUUUCUAAUUCAUUAACAUUAAUAGUUACUUUAGAAUAAUCUUGAUCUUUAAAGUCUUUAUAAUAGAUCAAAGAUGGAAAAUAAAAAAUUAUCUAAUGAAUUAACACUAUUGUAAAAUAGAAUUUCAUUAAGAAUAAAUGAAUUAAAGUAGGCUCAAGAGAAUGGGGCUCAUUAUACAAAAGAAAUUGCUUAGUUAAAGAUAUCUAUACAAAAAGUAUUUUUUCUACUUUUAAACUAAAGCUCAAUUCUACAGUUUCUAAAUUAAUUGAAGAUAAUUCUAAAUAUAAAGAUUAAUUAAAUGCCACAGAAAAUUAGAGUUUCUUAUUGGAUAAAGGAUUAUCUAGUCGGAGAGAUCUAAAUUAAUAAAAUGAUCUCAAAUUAAAUGGUUCAAAUUCAUAAAUUAAAUCUACUAUUACUAAUGAUAAUAUUUAGAAAUACUAAAACUAAGUACUCAAAUAUUAAAAAGAGUUAACAGAAAAAAAUUAACUAAUAACAGGUUUGUAACAAUAAGUAAAAAACCUUACUGAGUUCUAACGAUAACUUAUGUCUAAAUCUCAAAAAAUAUAACAUCAUAAAGGUCUAAAAGAUUAACUUUAAUUAAGCCCUUUUUAAACACCCAUUUAAAAAUUAUGUAUUAGUAAUGAAAGCUAAAUUAUGAGUAAUAAAAAUCUUUUAAAUUUAAUUGAUGAAGAAUAAAAACCUGAUUCUUAAUUUCAAAGAACUAGAUAAUCAGACGAAUUUGAUGUAAAAUAUCUUUGA